AUUGUGGGGUGCAUAUGGAAACUGUCAUGUCCAGAUCAGUCCUUUCUCCAACCCACAUCAGUACUGCAGCAGCUUCUGAAACAGUCACGAUGCUUGAGCAAAGAAUGCGAAUAGUUGAGGAACAGACCAGUUCUCUGAGGAAUGACCUCAUAAUGUUUGACCUUGAUAAUAAAAGAGACCAUGUGGAAAUUCCAAAAGGUUUAGAAGAACCAGUGCAACCCGAAAUCAUUACUGCUAACCAGAGCGGAGUAAUUUGUUCAGAAAAAGCAAAUAUUUUAUGGAAGAACUGUGAGUUUCUGGUAAAUCGAAUGUGCCAUCUGGAAAGCCUCAUUCAGUCUUUGAAGAUGAGCAUCUUUCGUCUGCAAACUGAAAAGGAAUUGAAUCCACAGAAAAGAGCUUUUCUGAAAGAGCGACUAAAGAUGAUACAGGAGGAGCAUUCCAAGGACCUGAAGUUGUUGAAUCUUGAAGUGAUAAAUUUGCGCAAGCAACUAAAAGAUGUAAAAGAGGAAGAAGACAGGGCACAAGAUAAAGUGCAAAGGUUGACAGCUACUUUGGAGAUUGCCUCAGAGACAAAGAAGAAUGUAGCUAUUAUAGAAGAGGAACUAAAGACCACAAAGCGUAAAAUGAACCUUAAAAUCCAGGAGCUGAGGAGACAACUGUCCGAGGAGAAGCACCAACGGGCAUCUCUUAAGAAAUCUGAAUCAGCGAUGCUACUCAAAAUACAAGAAAUGUCAUCAGCAGUGGAGAUGGAGCAGAAACAGGUGCAAAUUUUGCAGCAAAACUGCAUAGCCCUACACAAUUCUAUGCAGACUACCCAAGAACAACUAAAAGAGGAACAGCAGAAAAAAGGAGAGUUGGAGAACGCGGUUACAAAGCUGCAGUCAGAUCUAGUUUCUAGAGAUGAGCUAAUUUCCAAGUUGGCUGAAGAAAAUAAGAACUUGCAGAGAUCUUUUGACAAGGAACAAGGCGAAAAUGCAUAUUUGAAAUCUGAAGUAGUAGCCCUUAAUGAAGCAUCAGGAAAAGCACAGGUCUUGAACAGUCAACUGACUAACAAGUGCUCCGAGUUGAACUGCCUCCUUCAGACUGUUAGGAUGGAAAAUGCCAAACUCAUUGCUGACCAUCACGUCAUUUUGCAGGUAGAACAGAAAGUGAUGAGCCAGACAUUUCAAGAGCAAAACUUACUGCUAGAUGCAGCCCAGGCCAGUCUCACAAAUGAGCUACAGACUGUUCAGAAUGAGAAAAACCAACUUCAAGAACAUCUGGAUCAUUUAAUAAUUGAGCACAAUGAAUGUACCCAGAAAGUGCAAGAGGCUGAGAAGAGAACUGCCGUGCAAAAAGAACUGCUGGAGUCCACUAUUGCUAGAAUGCAAGGUGAACUGGAAAUGUCGAUGCAAGAGAAGAAAUCUUUGAUAGAAGAGAAAGACAGAUCUGAAAGAGAGAUUCAUGAAGCAAAAAAAGAAAUGGCCAAAGGAAAAAGCAAACUGGAAAGAGAAUUAGCUGAAAGCAAGGAAGACAUAAAUUCACUAACUCACAAACUGCGAGAUCUAGAGGGGAAAAAUAAACUCCUGGCCAGUCAAGUGGCUUCUUUAGAACUUCAGCAAAUGUCUUCAGAUUUCCAUGGGAUCGCCCAACAGCAAGUGGACAAGGAAUUGGGAAAAAUUAUUGCAAGUAAAAAUAAACUGGCAUAUGAAAAGGGACAGCUUGAGAUAAAGGUUAAACAGCUAGAAGAACAACUAUGUUCCUUUACUGAAACCAAUUCACAGAAUGACCAUCUACGCAAACUGAAUAAGACUCUAGAGGGAAAAUACACUCAGGUGAAAUCCAUUCUCGAAAAGAAUGAGGAGGAGCUCUCACAAGCAGUGAUGUACCGUGACGCAGCCAUGAAAGAGAGCCAGAAGUUGAAAGAGGAGCUUGAAGCCCUGGAAAACAGGGAGAACCAGAAGGUGGGAAAUUUCCAGAGACAACUGGCAGAGGCUAAAGAAGAUAACUGCAAAGUUACAGUCAUGUUGGAGAAUGUGCUGGCUUCUCACAGCAAGAUGCAAGGUGCUCUGGAAAAAGUACAAAUGGAGCUUGGGCGGAGGGACUCAGAAAUUGCAGGCCUCAAGAAAGAAAGGGCUAUGAACCAGCAGAGGGUGCAGAAGCUAGAAGCAGAAGUGGAUCAGUGGCAGGCCAGAAUGCUUGUGGUGGAUGCCCAGCACAAUAGUGAGAUGGAGCCUCUGCAGAAAGCUCUCGAAAUAGCUAGAGAAGAUAACCGGAAACUGGCUAUGAGCCUUGAGCAGGCUCUCCAGACAAAUAAUAAUCUUCAAAUCAAGCUUGAUCAUGUUCAAGAGAAAUUGGAAAGCAAAGAACUUGAGCAGCAGAAUUUGGAAGCCUUCAAAGAACGGAUCAUUGAGGAAUCCAAACUGGAAGCAGAACUACAUGCUCAGCGUGUUGAAGCUCUAAGAAAGCAGUUUCAGACUGAGAGAGAGGCUACAAAGAAAGCAUCACAUCGGGAAGUGGCUGAGAUAAAGAAAGCCCUCGAUGAAGCCAAUAUGAGGUCUGUAGAGGUGUCCCGGACCAACCGAGAACUGCGACAGAAACUCACAGAGCAGGAAAAGAUCCUGACUAGCAACAAGGAGAAAAUCAAGACUCAGAAGGCCCAGAUUAAGCUCCACCUAUCCUCAAAGGCGAAUAAUGUACAGAACAUAGAGAGGAUGAAGCAAAUAGAAGCAGAAUUGAGGCAAAUGGAACUAAUUAAGGAUCAGUAUCAGAAAAAGAACUAUGAGCAGUCAUUGAGUAUCCAGAAAUUUGUCUGUGAAAUGACAAAUCUGCAGAAAGAGAUGCAACUGCUGGCCAGGAGUCAAUCUGAUACCUCAGCCCGGAAUAAACACCAAGAGCUGAUGCUAGAGACAGAGCGAAAAAUAAGGCAAGAACUAGAGAAUCGGUGCCAGGAAUUAGAAGAAACCAUCAGACACUUGAGAAAAUGUAAAGAGGUAACAGAAAAUAAACUGAAAGAAGCCAGUGCGGAAUCAGAGCAAAUAACAGCUAACCUGGAAGAAGCCCAUCGCUGGUUUAAGUGCAGGUUUGAUGGUCUGCAACUCGAACUAAACAAAAACCGGCUGAAGAGGUUUCCCCGGGAAAACGGGUGGCAGGAAGAGGACCAAGAUAAAAGCAACAAUGUGCCUGGCCAGUCUGCUCUACAGAGAUGGGAAAAUAAACAGAAUCGUAGACUUAUGCCUAAGAAUCUUAGGCCUGGUCACCCUGAACUAGAGAGAAAGUGACAGCUUCAUUAUAACUGUACCACCAUGAUUCCUAAAGCAUGAGUCUAGGCGAGCCUGUUUCCAGACUCAUCAGAACUUGAAGUCUUUGAUUUGGGCUGAAGAUUUUGGACCGGAGUUUAACCUUUUAUGAACUCUUUGAUAUCAAUACAAACCUACUCCCUUUUUGUUCCCUUUCCCCAUUUUCCACCCAAUAAAUAUUUAAUUUGUUGUAUGAUAAAAA